UUCACGUUGAUACCAUCAGAGACUGUAGCAGAAUAUUUCAUGUCAGUCUAGUGUUGAGGAAGUAUUGUGGAAUCGUCAGUUCAUUCAGUGAAAAUGUUGAACCAAAUCAUGCUAAUGACAAUUUUGACAUUAAUUGGUGUCGUCCCAAUCGAUAUAAUCAGUUCCAUACCUAAUAGUCCAACAAAUAAUGAAUCAUCUCCAUCAGAAAUGUCCGAGGCAGUGAUCAAUGAUGAUCAAAACAAACUGGGAGUCUAUGUGGCACCAAAUCGGACGGAUACGAUACCAGUUAUCGUUCAAGCCUUUCAUCAGACCAUCGAUGUCAUAGCUAAGAUGCCGAUAACACCAGGGCCAGCGGAAAAGAGUUUCAGUCCAGCCAAGUGUUCCAAGCUUUCUGGUCAUUCCGCGAAUAUUUUUGAAUUAGUAAUGCUACGAACGAUUCUGCUAGUAGCCGCUCUUAUUUCGGGUAAUUUGGGCGCAUCAACACCAUCAGGCAAUGGAACAUCAUCAACAGAAGAGUCAUCUGUGGCGACAAAUAAUGGCAGCGACAAUCAGCCUGGCUCAACAUCGAUGGCGAAACUAGAUCCCCUUGAUAGUGUCUUCAUACUAUUUCUUCGGAUCGAUGAUCUCCUAGACGAUGUGUUCCAAAUCUUAGAAGACAUAUUAUCACCGAUAACAUUGCCAAUUUCAUUUUUACUGAAGGCACUUCUAACACCAGUUAUUUUCAUCCUACGAGUUCUCCUGCUGGUUGUUGAAAUUCUGCUGACUUUACUUCUUCGGGGAUUAGUGACAUUUGUCCUUGGACCAAUUCUGACGGUUCUCGGACUGGGUGAUCUAGUACCAGCUAUAAACAGCAUACUGGACGUGGUUGACCUUCUCCUCGACAGAGUAUCGUGUUUGCUAGGUCUCCUGGGCUUCUUCAGUGGACUCCUUCCAGGUUGCAGUGGUAAAAGUGCUAUGGAGGUGUGGAGUUCAGAUAUUAACGAGAACGCCCUUGCCGUGUAUCAGAGUGAUGUCGCUUCACGAUGCAUUUGAUCGGAUUUAGUUUAAGCAAACGCAAAUGUUCCACAAUCCUAAUAAACAAGGUCCAUCAGCUGAUUUCUCCCUUGUGAAAUAGAAUCUUCGGCAUUACUAAGUGAUUAGUGGAUUGAAUAGCUUCAGUAGGUUAUCCAUCGAUGGGAUUUAUCGCUAUAUUAGCCCAGCUGUAGGAUUUCAGGAUUAAACUCAAUGAUGCUACAGGCAGAUUUCAAUGUUCCACAUCGACCAACCGAGGGAUUUGCAGAUUCAUCAACGGAUGAACUUGGGAUUCCAUGAAAUACGAGAGGGAUUGACUACGACUACUUUCCAGAAUAGGUUGAUGUUGAGGUUGAAUAAUUUCUCCAUGAGAACCAUCACCUUGAUAUCCAUCUGAACUGAUCAAUUAUCAAAUUAUAGCACUGUAACGCUUGAGAUACUGGAACAAUAAACGAUUAUCGACCGUAGGGUAUUUGUGAAGUAAUUCGAUGAAAGUUACCAUUCCAAAUGAUUGUAGAAAACCUGCAGCUUGCACCUGUGGCCAAUUUCUAAUGACCCAAUUCCGUCACAUAAUUCCGAUGGGCAAAAGCUUCGUGCUGGAGUAUAAGUAUUGACGUCACGAGUGAACUGGUAAUGCAGCUUAUCACUGCCCGCGAGUAGAUCGAAUUAUGAUAAGUGUCGUUUUAUGGAGCGUAUCGUACGUGAAAGAAUCUGAGGGUUGGGUCGGUCUUAACUGACCUUCAGAAUGGUAUAUUGCUAGGGAAAUUUUGGGCAAU